AUGAAAAGCCGAGAGAGAAAGGUUAAGUACACGGUUCACCGGCGAAUCACCUCCCUAACGGAAAAACCGUUCAACGGCUUCCCCAAGGUUGUGAAAAUAACAGUGACUGACCCAUGCGCCACUGAUUCCUCCAGCGAAGAGGAAAACGACGUGUCUCCGGCGAAGACGGCGAGGGUGAAACGCUAUGUGGAAGAGAUCAGGUUUCGCGACGGGGAUGGAUCUGCGAAACGCGAAAAACCGGCGAGAAGAGCGACGGUUAAGCCGGUGGAGAACGUUGACGAUGAUGGAUCGGUGAAGCCUGUGAAGUACAGAGGAGUGAGACAACGGCCUUGGGGGAAAUUCGCCGCCGAGAUUCGUGAUCCUUCGACGCGUACACGAAUCUGGCUUGGGACGUUUGCGACGGCGGAGGAAGCUGCUAUUGGUUACGACAGAGCCGCGAUUCGAAUCAAAGGAAGUAACGCGUUGACGAAUUUUCUCACUCCUCCUUCUAGUCCUCCUCCGGUGCCGGAAACUCCGGUGAUCGACCUUGAAACGGUCUCCGGUUGCGAUUCGGCGAGAGAUUCUCAAACCAGCCUCUGUUCUCCGACUUCCGUUCUCCGGUUUAAUCGGAACGAGGAAACAGAGUACAGAGCAGAGCCCGUCCUCAAGCUCUCGUCGGCCGAGUCAAAGCUCGUUGAAGAGGAAACUCCGGCGAGUUCGUUAUCGGAUCCGUUUUUCUUGCCGGAGCUGUUUCGCGCCGGGGAUUGUUUAUGGAAUUCCGAAAUUGCCCCUGACCCUUUGUUUUUAGACGAAAUCUCUAAUUACGAUUCUGGUUUAUCGGAGAGUUUUCCGUUAAGCGUGAUCGGCGAUUUCAAUUCUUGCUCAUGGGAUGUUGAUGAGUUUUUUCAAGAUCAUUUGUUGGAUUGA